AUGAAUUUCAGUAAUGAAUUAAAAAAAAUUAAGAAAUAUUUAACAGCUUUCAAAAUGCGUGUAAUUGCAUUGGAUCUAAUAUUGGUGUUCGUAAACAUUUUUAAUAUUCACUACGAUGGUAAAACCGUGAUUGUGAAAAGGAAUCGGAUAAACCAUCGCCUGCGCCUUAUACGAAAAGUACUAAUUUACUUUCUGCUGUUAUAUAUUUUAGCUUACAUUUGUUCAUCCUGUUUCUUUACCAAUUUUCGCACAGUGAUGCCAAAAUAUGCGCAGUCUUUAGAUGAAUAUGGUUAUGUAAGCCAAUUGGAAUACAUCGUUAAAUUAGGAUUCUCGAUUAUGUUAUUAAAACUAUUAAUUGUUUCUUUUCCGUUGUCGCAUUGGUUGAAGAAUAACAACAAAAAGUUAAUAAUAACAUUGCUAAAUGAUGUGAUAAAAAUACGCCAAAAAUUAAGCAAACGUAAUAUCGCAAUCGAUUUUAAUAAUUUACCGCCACAUUGCAAUCUCUUUUUUCAUCUGCAAUUCCUGUUAAUCAUUUGGAAUUUAUUGAACAAUAUGCGGGUGCUUUUAAAGUUCGAGGAUUUGUUCACUACAAUUAUGGACUUUAUCUUCGAUUCUUACUAUGCAUCCCUUUACUUUCUGUAUCAAAUUGUGCUGUUAAUUCAAUGGAAUAUCCAUGAUAAGCUUAAUCAAAAUUUUGCGAAGCGCAUGGCACGUAAAGAUUUUAAUUGCAAAGAUGUAAUGCAGUUCAUUACAAUGCUGAGACGUUUAAAAAAUUGUCAACGUAAUUUUGCCAAAGGCUUUUGGUGGCUACCAACAAUAGUUGUUAUAAAGGCUUUCUUAAUAAUUUCCGAAAGCUCUUUCUUUUGGAAUUAUAUCAGACAACAUAAUGCUAUGUCCGACAUUAGAUUAAUUUGGUUAUAUAGUAGUGCCGCUUUAUACUGGCUGGAUAUUUUCCUAUUGGUUUUUAUGCUGAGUGAACUACGGCAAUUGGAUCAUUGCGCACACCAACUAUUAUUCAUGACGGUUAUUAGGCAAUGCGAAGCAACACCCGAACAAAGCGGCACAAUUAAAGAGCUCGAUGAAUUCUUUUCGUCUCAUCAUGUAAAACCUUAUACUUUAUAUCUACAUCCAAAUCUACAACGCAUGAGUUGCCUUAUUAUCUGGUCUAUUUGGUGGCCAUUUGUUUUCGGAUUAUUUAUAACUUGCAUAAAUCCAAUCAAUUUUAGAUAUAUACGUAGUUUAAGUCAAUAA